UGACAUGCACAAAAUGGCGGAAGCUGGAGAGGAUGCUGAUGAUCCCAUGAUUGUUGGUGUAUCAGUUGUGUCUGAGGCCAGCUGCCGUUCACACGUAACACUAGGCUGCGUUGUUCUCAAAAAGUCCCAGAAAAAUGAAUCUCUCGCAUCCCUUCGAUGUCAGAUAGAUGCACAGAUAAGAAGUACACCAUCUGAAUAUACUUUCGUCACAUCUCACAGGUGGCCUGUGGAGAGAUGUCAGGAAAGCUCACUGCAGCUUCAGCACAUUUUGACCCCGGAGGGAGCUGUAUGCAUCAGCAAGAAAUAUGCAAAGCCAAAGAUCGGAAUCAAGGCUAAGACUGGCAUGGCCCUGGGCUUUGUGUUUACAGACUACACAAGCAGACUGUCCAGUCUUCGACAGGUCAUCAACCAAGAGCUUGCAUUCUUCUGUGGAAUUCCAAACACCUACAUGUUCUUGGAUCCAAAUGGUUGGCCAGUCAGCAAGAGUCUGGAGUCUGAUUGGUCAGUUCUUGACGUUGUUGUGGAUGGCUGUGUUGUUGUAUGUGCAGACGUCAUAACCAUGGAGAUUGUAGAAAACCAAACUGGCAUUGAUCGGUUUCCCACCCUCGAACCUCCACGCAAGAUCAGAAGACUGAGACAGCUGAGUUUCCGAACGACGAAGGAUACUGAUCGGCAGUCGAGUGUUGAUGUGACAGAAGUGACGGAGACGUCCCCUGACACAAAGCAGCUUCUCAUCAGCUAUGUACGAGCCGAAGCUGCUGACCACGCCCUGAAGUUGAAGGAGGAGUUGUCUGUCCUUGGAUUUAGUGUGUAUUUGGACGUCCACGAGAUAAAGAGUGGAGUAGACUGGCAGGAUUCGCUCAACGACGCUGUCAGCAACUGCGAGGUGUUCGUGCCCCUCGUUACACCAAGAUACGGCGAGACACAGUGGACCAACAGAGAGGUGAAGCUGGCAGACGUGUUGGGCAAGUAUAUCCUCCCGGUCAACUUCCUGGACACCUGGCCGCCCCGCUGUCUGGCCAUCCAGUUCGCAACAACGCAAUACAUCUGUUGGAAGUCUCCAGUACAGAUACAGACAGAGUUGGAGCUAGGCAAGGGUUCCCAGGCUACAGAUAUCCGGAUCUGGGACAGACGGUGUAUUGAGAAAACGGCCGGCCAGAUUGGAGAGAGGCUGGAGCAACUAAGACAGGGAGUGAUGAACAGAGUUCCCUCCCUUUCCCGUAGGAAAACUCUGAUGAAAACAUUCGCCGGCAAGUUGCCAGAGGGAGUCCUCAGUAUGGACGAGUCUGUGAACGGGGAGAAGGCGUUGGUUGUCAUCUGUGUGCAUCCUGCCCAGACUGCGUUUGGAGAGGACUUGAGGCAGCUGCUUGAGGGGGCAGGGCUUGGCGUGUGGUGUACAGCGACGGGGGAGAGGGACCCAGCGGGGUCAGAGUCGGACACACUACCCCUCAGCCAAGACAAUAUUGGCAGCCAAGAAUUAAACAACAACUUGUUAACCCUGUCUCCUAGCAGCCAGACAUUCCAAGAAUUUGCAGACAGGGCAGCUGUUGUUAUUGUCAUCUUGUCACAAGCUUUCUCAAGGUCAAGGACAUGUCAGCAGCAGGUGUUUUAUUGUGAGCAUCGGAAGCGGGUGAUACCCGUCAAGUUUGAGGAGUUCCGCAUGCCUGGCUGGAUGAGUAUGCUGAUCGGGACCAACUCCUUUGAGGAUGUGCAGCAAGCGAACUACCGACAGCGUCUGUUGACCCGGCUCGAGCGCUGCACCGACCCCAGCAGCUGCAACACCCUGAGGGAGGAGUUUGACGAAGUCCGCCUCACCCGGACAGUGAACCACAUCAAGGGUCGAGUUGGGCGGACAUCUUGUGUGUACAUCUCUGGCAGCACCAAGUUCUACAACCCCAUCACUGAGGCUGUCUGUAGAUCAAUUGGAAGUGAGUUGGCGCAGCUGCCGAACAUCACCAUGGCAACUGGUGGGUUUUUUGGUGUUGGAGAAACUGUCAGUCGGACAUUUUAUGAGGAAAAUCAAAAGCUGUGGAAGAAGAACAGUGUGUGGCAUGUCCUACCCGAGCGUGAUGGCCAGGAUCGUUCCCAGCAGGCCAAACAGAACCCAGAUCUCACCUUCAGCAUUGUUCCAUUCGGAAAGACAAUAUUCUGUGGAGACAGUGUGCGUGAGAGAGAGAGCAUCGUAGCUCGCACUUUCGAUGUCUGCAUUCUCAUUGAAGGUGGCCCUGGUGCAGCUCAUGAGGCAGAACAGUUCGUGUGGAAUGACCACGUGGUGAUUCCGGUCCGGUGCACAGGGGGCGCUGCAGGUGGCAAGUUUAACAUCCCGGACAAGAUAUUUGAGAUACCACAAGGAGUGUCAGAAUAUGACUGGAAAGUGCUUGCCCAAUCAGAUGUCUCACCCAGAGAAAUUGGCCAAUCAGUGAGCAGGAUUGUCCAGGCACUAUUUGACAAGAUGUCUACAGAAGAUUUAGCAUCUCGCCAGGAUACACCCACAAAGGUCACAAGUGUGACCCCGACAGUGUCCCCCUCUAAGACACCCAGCCCGGUUCGGGCAGCAGGAAAACCCAAUCUCACAACCAUGAAGACAGUGCUACUUGGCUGACAACUGGUUCCUCAUCAAAGUAGAACUGUGAUACUGUAAUGUAAUGUAUUACACAUAAAGAAUUAAGACCACAACACAUCAGUUACCGUAUAUAACCGUAGAUAAGCCGAAUUUUGAAUUCCAGAAUUUUGUGUGUGUUAGAAAUGGGUCGGCUUAUGUUGGGGUUACGCUUUCAUCAAACUUUUUUUCUGUUGGUAAAAAAACUACAUUGUAUCACUUUAGGUGAAUGAACAACGCUAUAACAAUCGGCUUAUCUACGGCCAUAUAUGGUACAAGAUUUUCACCCUUUUCUUAUUUGUGGUAAUUAUGAUGGCCAACCAUGACAAUCAACUUGUUCCAGCCAGAUGUCCGAAAGACAGGAGUUGUUUGAAAGAAGAAGUUUAUGAAGUUUUUUGUUAGGGCAAGUUUCAAAUUUCAGAGACCUAUCCUGUAUAUAUUGUCUGUCAGGUAGGAACACAUUUCCCCUGUACCAACUAAAAUGUCACUUGACACAGGAUAGCGGGCAAGCAGCUAUAUAGGACACUGCCUAUCCUGUGUUAGGAUGCCAAUAUAUUUGUAGUAUAUAUUGUGAAAUUAUUAUUUACUUUACUCCAGCGUGCAUGAUUUAUCAUGCUAUAUUGUUAAACUUUACAAUUUCUUGGAAGCAACAGUUUUCCUGAGUCAUGUAAAAUUGGAUAUGGAAAUAUGAUAUAAAAACAGUUGUUGGAAAAUAUGAUCAGUGGGUUUGGCAAAAAGUUUGUAUUGAAAUAUGCAAUAAUCUUGAAACAAAUAUGCCUGUAUCACAAUAUUAACAGACAGACAGACAAUUCAUUCAGUAACAGUAAUGGCCCAUAAUACAUUGUUUACGUCCAGGUUAAAAAGUGUGAGAUCUAAUUUUUAUUGUCCCUGCAUCAGAUAGAACAAAGGUUUCCUUGUGUCAACAAUGCCUAUUUUAUUUACUUUUGGCAGCCAUUUUGCAAUAGAAUAUUGCAUGAACAAACCAUAUGUUGGCAUUGUUAUGUAUCUUGUCUGUUUUGACCAAUUAUAUGUAAUAGAUGAAUGUUUAUUUCAUUAAAAGAUCUUCAUUUCAGUGUUGUAUGACUGAUAAUAAGUAUGUUGGAAAGUAGUAUUAGAAGUAGCUGUAAGAAUGAUUCAUGACAACAUUACCAAUAUAUAUAUUCAUUCAUUUAUUUUUUACAGAUUUAUAUUUUAGUGUCACUUGUAAUGUUUUGGGUGUAUGACAUAUUUUAAUGUGGUGAUGGUAGGACCUGUUUGUGUAGUGAUAUGAUUUUGAAUCAGACAUUAUACCCGACUACUGAGAUUGGCAAGGUGUAGUUUCAGUUUAACAUUGACAAAUAUGUUGAAGACUGCCCUCACAAAUUAUUUGCUUAAAAUCGGAUAUAAUAGGGUUUAAAUCAUAAAAUAAUUUUGUAGUUAAUUCUACAGUGAAUUUGGAAAAUACUUUAUUCUUAUUGCUCAUUCAGAGGUUUCAAAUCGCAAUAACAACCUCUGAUUGAAACGGCUGAUUUGUUGGCUGCAUCACCAUGGAGUGAGUGAGUGAGUUGGGUUUAACGCCGCUUAAACAGUAUUCCAGUUAUAUCAUGGCGUGUCAGCUUAAUGUGGGAGGAAAGCCCGAAGUGAUGCAGGUCUCA